UUGUGGAUGAUAGACAUUGAAAAACUUAGGCAAUAUAAACUAUGGAAAACUGAAAAAUCUCACCGACUAACCUUGACCUCUGCCACGUGAUCACAUUAUGGGUGUCUAGAUCUUUCGACGAGAGGCGCUCGUUCGAUAUAAUUGACAAUAUACCGUCGGCAGAGGCAAUGGGUGUAGCUCUUGUAGAAUGCCCUUAUCGUUAGUGGCUUACAGAUGCGAAGAUGCUAUAUCUAAAUGCAAAUUGCGAAGAAGAAGCAUACGACAAAAACAUUAUUCUAAUCCUGCAAAAAGGCAUUAUUCGAGUCAUCGAGCCUUUGGCUGGCUAAAAAGAUGAAUGUGCAUAAUGUUUUCCUUGAAUCAGACUCCCAAGCGGCAACGCGAAAGAUCUCGGAACAGAACAAGGACCUCUUAGCUUUGGGUCACGUGGUGCAGGAGAUCAAGACAGUGCUUCAAACUUUUGACGAGUUUAAAAUGAGCUGGGUGUGACGUAAGGCUAACUACGUAGCACACAUUUUUGGCAUCAUGUAAAACUUGGUUUCAGGUGUCACCCGUAAGCAGUGGCGAAUCUAGACAGAAAUUGAGGAGUGGGCUCAAAGCCUGUAUCAUGCAAAUAUCUGUUGGGUUGGGCUUGCAAGUGGCUGAGUUGAGCCUUGAAACUAGUAGUGAAAAACUUUUUUACAGUGCUGGAGGGGGGGCUCAAGCCUGUUAAAGCCCUCCUAGUAGAUUCGCCCCUGCCGGUAAGUAUUGUUUCGGUGGUAGCCUCGGAGUUUGCUGCAUUUGAAUAAAAUGCAACGAUUCCAACUCAAAUAAAAAAAAGUGUGGUUCCAUGCCAAAAAAAUCGGCGCUCCCUGGUCCACAAAUGGUCACUCUUAGUGUAUUUAGCUAGUUAUUAUAUUCUAACAGCUGUGUCCAUAUACUAGCAAAGAUUUAUUUUUUGAAAAAAGAAACACCAGUGGCAGGCCGUUGGAGAACGGUCAUCCCUCCCCACGUCGUUAUUUCCGCCGAGACCAAGGCGAACGCGUCGUGCCGGCCCGUCGCCGUCCUAGUCCUCCUCCUCGUCGUUCUGAUCGUCCCCGUUCUGAUAGAUAGACUAGCAACAAAACCGGCAAAGGCGUUGGCCUUGUAAUCUCUCUUGCUAUUGUUUUCACUUUACCAGAGCUCCUCUCAAGGCGGCCGGCCGUGCACCCGCCGCCGCCUCCCUCUCGUGCACCGUACUCCUGCGUUUCCUCGACGGCAACGACAUCAAUGGCGGCACGGCAGUGACCGUUCAAGCGGCGGCACUCGGCCACUGCCUGCUAAGUGGCGGCGACGUCGGCGAUAACCGCGCGCGAUAUUUUGCCUAAACCUUUGGGCUACUUCUUGGUGACGCUUGUUCUGGAGUGAGUCUCUCUAGAGAGACAUGGGCUCCCUAAACGACAUUGGUGUUGCCGCAGGAAUAAACAUAUUAUCCGCAGUGGGCUUUCUUCUCGUGUUCGCAGUUGUUAGGAUACAACCUAUUAAUGAUCGGGUAUACUUUCCAAAAUGGUACCUUAAAGGGACAAGAAGCAGCCCAAGGCACAUCGGAAAUGUCUUGUCAAAAUUUGUGAAUGCUGAUGUGUCAACAUAUCUUCGGUUUCUCAACUGGAUGCCCGCCGCGCUGAAAAUGCCAGAACCUGAGUUAAUUGAGCAUGCAGGACUAGACUCUGCGGUAUAUGUCCGCAUCUAUCUUCUCGGUUUAAAAAUAUUUGUGCCAAUUACUGUGCUGGCAUUUGCUGUCCUAGUUCCUGUCAAUUGGACUAGUGCAACUUUAGGGGAUGAUGAAGAGGGUCUAAGUUAUGAUCAAAUUGACAAGCUUUCAAUAUCGAAUCUUGGUCCAGGUUCAAAAAGGUUUUGGGUACACAUUGGAAUGGCCUAUGUGUUUACCUUUUGGACAUUCUACGUGUUAUAUCAUGAAUAUAAGGUUAUAACAACUAUGAGAUUGCACUUUCUUGCCAAUCAAAAUCGUCGGCCCGACCAAUUCACGGUACUUGUGAGAAAUAUACCAGUUGACCCAGACGAAACAGUUGGUGAGCAUGUUGAGCACUUCUUUGCUGUGAAUCAUCGCGAGCAUUAUCUCAGCCACCAGGUUGCAUACAACGCAAACGCCCUUGCCAGUUUGGUUAAGAAGAAGAAAGGCUUGCAAAACUGGCUGGUCUACUACGAAAACCAGCACGCUAAGAACCCUGAAAAGGAGCUGACUAUUAAGACAGGACUGUGGGGUCUUUGGGGGGAAAAGGUGGAUGCAUUACAACACUACAAGACAACAAUCGAGGAGCUAUGUAAACAGGAGGAUGAGGGGAGGCAGAAGGUGAUUAGUGAUCCUAAGGCUAUAAUGCCAGCAGCAUUUGUGUCUUUCAAUAGUCAGUGGGGGGCUGCUGUUUGUGCACAAACACAGCAGACAAGUAACCCAACGGUGUGGUUAACUGAGUGGGCUCCGGAACCUCGGGAUGUUUACUGGCCUAAUCUCGCCAUCCCUUUUGUCGAGCUCUCGAUCAGGAGGCUUAUCAUGGCUGUUGCGCUCUUUUUCCUGACAUUUUUCUUCAUGGUCCCAAUUGCGCUCGUCCAAUCCGUGGCCAAUCUCGACGAUAUUGAGCGGGUGCUUCCUUUCUUGAAACCUAUAAUAGAGAGAAAUGGUCCAAGGUCAGUCAUACAAGGUUUCUUGCCAGGAAUCGCAUUGAAAAUCUUCCUUAUAUUUCUGCCAACAAUUCUCAUGGCCAUGAGCAAGAUUGAAGGCCACGUAUCACUCUCUGGAUUGGAGAGGAAGACAGCAUCAAAAUACUUCCUGUUUAUUUUCGUCAACGUAUUCUUGGGAAGUGUAGUAGCUGGAACAGCGUUCCAGCAGCUGAACAGUUUUAUCCAUCAAUCCACUAACAAAAUUCCAGAGACCAUUGGAGAAUCCAUUCCCAUGAAAGCAACUUUUUUCAUCACCUACAUUAUGGUGGAUGGAUGGGCAGGCAUUGCCGCUGAGGUUCUUAGGUUGAAGCCGUUGAUCAUGUUCCACAUAAAGAACACAUUCUUGGUCAGAACCGAGCAAGAUCGCGAGCAGGCCAUGGACCCUGGGAGCUUGGAGUUUGGCAGCACCGAACCGCGAAUACAGCUCUACUUCCUCCUAGGGCUUGUAUAUGCUGUUGUGACACCCAUCAUUCUUCCUUUCAUCAUAGUCUUCUUCGGCCUGGCCUAUCUUGUUUUCAGACACCAGAUCAUCAAUGUCUAUAACCAGCAAUACGAGAGCGGCGCGCAAUUCUGGCCAGACGUACACGGACGAAUCGUCACCGCAUUAGUCAUAUCGCAGAUCCUGCUGAUAGGACUGCUGAGCACACAGGAAGCAGACCAGUCCACUGUCGCCCUUCUUCCUCUUCCUGUCCUGGCCAUAUGGUUCCACUACGUCUGCAAGGGCCGGUUCGAGCCGGCAUACAUAAAAUUCCCCUUGCAGGAGGCCAUGGUGAAGGACACGCUGCAACGGGCAAACGACCCGAUGCUGAACCUGAGAGAGUACCUCAAGGACGCAUACGUGCACCCCGUCUUCCGCAGCGGUGACAUCUAUGAGCUCUUGGCCAUGGAUGAAGAGGAGAACCCCCACCUUGUCGCGACCAAGCGGCGGUCUCGGAUGACCACGCCGGUGGACAGCAAGUUCAGUUCCAGCUCUGGCACCAACGAAGGAGAGUUCAGCCGGCCGCGUCCUAGCUGACAAUGAAAUGGGAGCAGGCGCUGUCGAGUAAACUUGAUCGGCAUCUGCACUGCACCAGUGCAUUACCAUGUGUGGACGACGUCGAUGGAAUUGUACAUUUGGAGAUGUUAGAGCAUCUCCAACGGCACACAAAAAGAAUGACUACCUAAAUCCAGUUUUAGGAGUGAAGAGAGAAGAUUUAGGUAGCAAUUUUUUUUCUGUUUUUUAUAGCGGACCUAAAAAGAGUAGGGCGUUUUGGAGCUCGGCCUCCAUGGAGGCCGGAUUUUUUGAAAAAUUCAAAAUUCACACUUUUCGGUUUCAAAAAAAUCUGAAAAAAAUCAUACAAGUAAACAAGGAUGUUAUGUGUAUGUAUGUAAAAUUUGAGGAUGAAAUACCCUAAAAUGCGAUCUGUGCAAAAAAGAUAAAUUCAUGGACUUUUA